UGUAAUCUUGGUGAAUAUAUUACCUAGUCGUAAAUUACAGUAUGCUGAGAAACACCAUUGCUGUUAUAAUAAUCUCAUUAUUUUUAUGUCUCACAUUCAACUAUACAUUUCCUUUACAUAGGAAAUCUUAUCGGCGAUAUGCAAACGAUACGAAUAUGUGGCGCAUUCAUCAAAAUCAUGGAAGUAUAAUGGAUAGAAGCAAGAAAAUGGCGUCCAACAUAGAAAAUGUGAUACGAAAAAUCAAAGACACUACACAAGAUUUGGGUAAAAAUAUUUAUGUUCACAUAAACUCUAAAAAUCCAGUAAAAUACAUAUUAAGUGAUGAAGAUUUACGACAAUAUGAACAGUUGGUUAUUAUGAAAAAAUAUCCUUAUUUGGAUUUAAAAGAAAAAGAAAUGAAAUUCAGUCCAACCAAUAAGAACGCCCGACACGACAACCAUGGUUUCCAUCCUGAGGCUAACAUAAACGAUCCAAGCAUUUGUGAUCCGAAUGACGACUCUAUUAAUGUAGAAAUAAUAAAUCGUGGAUUGUCUGGAGUGGCCAUACCAAGUAAACAUCCAACUACAUUACAAGUAUCAAUAAAUAACAAUUUAUAUGAGAAUGAAAAAAUCAACGUUGGUGAAAAAUAUUCCGAAUUUACAUUACACCGAUUGAAUAAUGAUGUUAAUGAAUAUUUAAAGCGAAAGGGUUUUGAAACUUCUUAA